AUGUCGGCCAUCUCGAUCAAGAAAGGGCCAAUUCAGCUUGCUGGCUUGCUGCACAAGCCUGCGACAUCGUCCAGCUCCAAGUUUCCUGCAAUCGUGAUAGUACAUCCUGGUGGUGGCGUCAAAGAGCAGACGGCCGGUCUCUAUGCAAAGAAGCUCGCUCAAGAGGGUUUCGUCACCGUCUCCUACGAUGCCUCUCACCAGGGCGAGAGUGGAGGCGAGCCUCACUUUCUGGAGGACCCAGCGGCAAGAGUCAGCGACGUAUGGAGCGUCGUCGACUACCUCGAGCAGCAGGAAGACGUUGACGCCAGCAAGAUCGGUAUCCUCGGCAUUUGUGCCGGCGGAGGCUACGCCGUUGCAGCCGCGAAAGCAGAUUAUCGCUGGUACGGUGACGAACCUGCUUCUAAGCAUGUCGAGUCCCUCAAGAUAGCUGCUCAGCAAAUUUCAGCCGAAAACCAGGGCGCUGAGAUGGCUGCUGCACCGUAUGUGCCGCCUCAACCAGACGACAAGACUCCCGCAGAUCUCAGAGAAGCACACAACUAUUAUCUUACACCGCGCGCGCAGCAUCCCCGUGCUGAGAACAAGAUGCUCAUUCGAAGUUUUCCGCGUGUCCUCAACUUUGACGCUUUCCACCUGGCGGAUGUGUUCUUAACGCAGCCCACUCUCCUCAUUGCGGGUGAAAAGGCUGGUUCUCUCUGGCACACAGAGAACCUGGACAAAAAGAUAGGAGGGGCCACGAAGAAGGUGAUUGUGCCGAAUGCAGCCCAUAUGGACUUUUAUGACAACGAGCAAUAUGUCAAUCCGGCGGUCAAGGAUAUCUCGGAGUUUAUGAAGGCCAAUCUGUCAUGA